GUGUUUUUUUUCAAGUGGCUUGGAUUCCACCACUUUCACAACUUACAUACUUCAUAGCAUCUCCUCCCACACCCUCCAAAGAAAAAGCACUUACUACCUUUUCAUUUGCUAUAAAAAGCUUGCAUACUCAUUUGGUCAUUAGUCUGCAAACAUCAAACCCACAUCACCUUAAGCUCCCUUCUCCAAAUUAAGAGGGAGAACACCCAUAAAAAACAGAGAAAAUGCAAGCUUACCGUCAAGGCUACUGCGAAGAUGGAUCCCAACAACAAAUGUAUGGAUCAUCAUCAGCAGCAUUAGCUCACGGUCGCCAUUCUUCAUCCAUGCAGCACCAGCAGCAUCAGUCCCUGCAGCACCAGCAGCAUCAGUCCCUGCAACACCAGCAGAAGCAUCAGGUGAUGCAGCAUCAGUCGAGCUCGAUGCAGCGCCAGUCGUCGAUGCAGCACCAGCAGCAGGCGAUGGUGCACAGCAGCUCCUCCAUGAAGAUCCAGAAGGGGUCACAGUUUUCAUCCGGCCAAGGUAUGACAGUGUUUGGGCAGGAUCCCUUCUGUGAGAUCAUGCCGUCGGCCUUCCCUCCAGGUACUGAUCCUAAGGUCAUUGAGUGCUACAAUCGGAUGGAUAGAGAUGGUAAUGGUGUCAUCGACGACAUGGAGCUGCAGUCUGUGCUGUCUAACUGCAACCACAGCUUUGGCACUAAGACUGUCCACCUUCUCAUGUAUGAGUUCACCCACUCCAACAGGAGGAUAAUUGGUCCUAAGGAAUUCGUCCCAUUGCUCAAGUGUCUCCAGACCUGGAGGGCAAUGUUCCAAAGAUUUGAUAGGGACAGAAAUGGGAGCAUUGAUUCAUCAGAGCUGGGUCAAGCUCUAAGCAGCUUGGGUUAUCGUGUUCCUCCAAUCAUUGUUAAUCUUCUUGUUUCUAAGUUUAGCAAAUCUGCAAAGUGCACUCUUCGAUAUGAUAGCUUCAUUGAGUGCUGCCUCACUGUCAAGGGUUUAAGUGAGACAUUCCAUGCAAAAGCUGAUUGUGGCAAAGCAGUUUUCGGCUAUGAGGAGUUCCUGCUCAACGUUCUCCCUUUCGUCAUUGCGUAGAUUACAAACUAGUGAUUUGAAUUGCAUCUACUAUAUUACAAAUUAAAGCUGUUGUUAUGUAAUAAAUAACACAAAAACACAAUGCUCAUUUUCAAUUUAACUAUGUAUGUUCGAGUUAAACCUUGGAUGUGUGAUGCUUUAUUUUAUUCAUGAAUAUUGUACUGUGUAUCGUAUCCUUUUUAUUAUUAUGCACAUCAUAUUAAGUUAAUCAUUUCUAUCUA